AUGGCGCCUUCCCUACAGAUCUUGGCCACGUUGGCGGUGCUGGGCGAGGCCUUGGCUGCCACAUCAAAGACGUCCGUCUGGCUGCCUUCGCGCACGACUAGAGCCGGCGAUAACAUCUAUGCGUCUGUCAUCACGGCAGUCCCGGAGAAGAGCUCGACGGAGUAUUUGCUCGCGUGCACAUCGGUGUUCAAGUCGCCGUAUCCGUCCAGCUGCGGAGAUUUUCGGGGCGUGACCCUGACGCAAGGGCCCGAGACUGUCAAGAUCCAAUUUGGAUCGGAGACAUUCACUUGCGACGCGGACGAUGGCGACGUGUGUGACAUCAACGCCCAGGCAACAUCGACUGCGACAGGGGAAGGUUCAUUCACGGCCAUCACGAUCGUAUCUGGCGCGGAAAAGCUCUCAGGCGGGAAGAAGACAACAACACCGUCAGCGCCGUCGGCCACGAGCGAUAGCAACGGAGUUUGCAAGAGAGCGUCGGGCAAGAGCGGGAGUAAUGGUGGCGGCGGAAGCAGCGAUAGUGACAGUAGCGGCAGCAACGGGGGCAGCUCAACGAAGAACGGCAAAAAUGGGUGUUCAGGAGCUGGGUCGCUGAGGGCAGAGCUAGGGAUCGUGAUGGGGGUUAUGGGGGGUUUCGUGGGGCUUAUCGCGUUUGUGUUGUGAGAACUGUGAUUGGGAUGAGACCGACUUUGUAUUAUGAGCUACGAUGAGAUGAAUGCCAAUGAAAUUAUUCAACUUGGCGCUCAAAGGACAUCAAGCCGAUCCAGUCGGGUGGUAUUGUUGGUGGGACGGCGAAGACGAGCUGGCAGCUUGACCAGGUGAGACGAGGUGAUGUGACGAUGGCCCAGCAAUUUGCUUCGUCUGUGAUCCGAGAAACUCAAUUCACCAGGGCCAAGACCAGCUUUUAGUGCCGUGCUGGUGUUUUGGCAGGGCAACAUGGGAACUGGUGUUGAGCCCCCGACCCUUGACGAGCACGCGGCGCGCCCAUUGCCCUGAGCCCGAUAUCCAAACGGGGUUGACACACAUUGUAUUGUGAAGCGUCGCAGAGGCUUCAGGGGCUGACGGGGGAGGAGACGGGGCCAGGAGGAGGGUCUUCUCCUUGUGGAGAGAGGCUGGGUAUGCUUAUGUUUUGGCUGGGGGCUGGGCCAAUGUCGGGGGUCGUGAAACAACAGGAGGCUCUCUGUAUUCUGAUCAUGGGCGGCCUUUUGUCAAUUUCGGCUCUCCGCCCGUGCCCGUCGUCUGUCCCAAGAACCCCCGGAGGGUUUAGGGUGAGCAGCGGGCGCUAAUGUUGGCAAAGCUUGGCCAGAUUUGAUCCCAAGAUAACAUCCCUCGCACUGAAGUAGCGCGCUGAAGGUACCUA